UACCAUAAAGUUGUACUCCUACACUCUUCUACCGCGAGCCUUCCUCUCUUGCGCAUGCCCUUCGUUUCACGUCCUUAUAAGCCCACUCUUAGUUCCAUCUCUUUCCAAGCUAAAUUCCUUUCAUUCUGCGACACUUUCUCAGAUCACAAAAGCAUCUUGAAAUUCUUCAUCGACCUAUAAGAAUGAAGAAAAUAGUGCUGAAAUUGGCUCUGGAUGACGAAAACACCAAGAGAAAGGCCCUCAAACUGGCUGCAGGUGUUCAAGGGGUGGAUUCUGUGGCGGUGGACAUGAAGGAGAGGAAGAUGACUGUAAUAGGGGAUGUAGAUCCCGUCUAUUUAACUUCUAAACUCAGGAAAUUUGGCUUCACAGAACUGCUGAGCGUGGGACCUGCGAAAGAGGAGAAAAAGGAGGGCGAGAAAAAAGAGGAGAAGAAGCCUCAGAACGAUGCAAAGAAAGAGAACAAAGCGGAAGCUCCAAAAUAUGAAAUUGUGUAUGUUCCCCGCAGCUACGACUCCAGAGCUUAUGAAUACACUGCUGUCGGUGAGGAAAAGCCCAACGCUUGCGUUAUAUGUUGAACAGCCAUCGAUUUUAUUUGAGCAGAGCAUGGAUUAGGGUUUCCGGUUUAGGGGAAACCGAGAUUUAUACAGUAAUACUAAUAAUGCUAAUAUUUAAUUUAUCGAAAGGGAAGGGAAUAAAUUGAUCGGUUCCAUCUCGAGAGAAGGGUAGGCCAUGAAUUAGGGUUUCGGGUUCAGGGAAAACCCAGAAUAGUAUAUUAAGGCGAUUUUGUUUGAAUGCCGGUCUCAUCUCGAGAGCAGAUAAGGACAGGGAUCAGGGUUUCAGAUUUAGGGGAAAACUAGAUUUGUAUAGUAAUACUAAUGAAUGAGACUAUAUCUUCUUUUCUUUUC